AGCCAAAGGGUGAGGGUCGCUUUGCCGCUACGCGCGGCGCCCGAGUUCCGCUUUGCCGCUGCGCGCAGCGCCCCCUCUGUGGCAAAGCCAAAGGGUGAGAGUCGCUUUGCCGCUACGCGCAGCGCCCGAGAGCCGCUUUGCCGCUGCGCGCAGCGCCCAAGAUGGCGUUCGCCGCGGUCGCGACGCUCGCCGUCGCGGCGCCCUUCGACGACCUCGAGGCCGCGGCGGCGGCCUGGGACGGCCUGCGCGCGGCCAUCGCCUCCGGCGACGCCGACGCCCAGGCGUCGGCGACGGCCGACGACGCCCCGCGCGUCUACGUCGGCGCGCUCGCGGGCCUCGCGGCCGCCGGCGGCGCGGCCCCGCCGCCCGCGCACCUGGCCGCCUUCGCCGAGCAGCUCGCGGCGGCCCUCGCGAACGCGUGCGUGCUCGCGGCGCGGUCAAAGAACACCGCGUUCGUCGACGCGCUCGCGGACGCCGGCGCGGCGCCGGGGCUCCUCGCGGUCAUGGGCCUCGCCCUGCCGCAGCGCUGCUACCUCGGCUGCGCCAAGUGCCUCCACGUGCUCUGCGCGUCGUCGCCGAAAGCGCGGCUCGACGCCGUCGGCGACGUCGCGAAACAAACGCUCGCGACGACGUUGGGCUGGUGCGUGCUCGCGUCGGACGCGGCGGGCAAGCCCGACGGGACGCUCAAGUACCGGGACCGCGUCCUCGCCGGCGAGGUGCUCAAGGUCUGCUACGCGGUCGCCGCGGGCCGGCGCCACGACUUGAAGGACGCGGGCGCGGGCUACCUGUUGUCGCCCGGCGAGGCGCCCGACGACCCGGCCGUCACGCUCAUCGGCGUCUGCCUGCGCGCCGUCCUCUGCGGCGCGCGCGCGCCCUACGACGUGCCGCCGGCGUGCCUCGACGCGGUCAACCUGCUGACGUGCGCGCCGAAGACGUACUACUGCUGGCUCGUGGAGAACGGCGCCGUGCCGCGGCUUUGUAAUUUGCUCGAGGGCAUCCUCAACGACUACGUCGUGGAGAACAAGUACGAGAGCCCGGAGACGACGCUGCCGCCCCUGCUCGACGCCUUUUUGAAGCUCUGCGCCGCGUCGUCCAAGGGGAAGCGGCAGCUCAAGGAGUGGAUCUUCCCGCCCGAGGCCGACGCCGUCUGGAUGCCCAAGCUCGCCGAGGCCAAGGCCAGGGCCAAGGGCGACGAGGCGCUCCAGAAGGAGUUCGACGCCGCGCGGAUCCACCCUGUCGACGCGCCGCGCUACGCGACGCGGAGCCUGCUGCUCAAGCUCAUGUGCGACCUCGAGCCCGUGACGAAGCGCCUCGUGGCGGAGCUCGUCUGGGCGCUCUGCGACGAGGACGCCGACGAGUUCACCGUGCGCUGCGGCGUCGGCAACGCGAUCGCCUUCCUCCAGAUCAAGAAGCUCAUGCCCAUGCCCAAGCCAUCUUUCUGACGGCGACCGUCGUAACCAUGGCUCGUAUCU